GUUAAACACCAUGGCCCGCUCUAUCGUCGCCCUCGCCCUCCUGGGCUCCGCGUCCGCCUACGUCGCGCCCGUGCCCAAGUCCGCCGCGACGUCGCUCGCCGCCGGCAAGGCGGACCUCGCGGCGCUCUGCGCCGAGAACCCGUCGCCGCUCGGCAACUUCGAGGGCAUCUGGGACCCGCUGGGCUGCGCGGACAUGGACUUCUGGGGCCUGGGCAACGAGGCGACCAUCGGCUACCUGCGGCACGCGGAGAUCAAGCACGGCCGCGUCGCCAUGGCCGGCUUCCUCGGCUUCCUCGCGGGCUCGACGCCGCUCGUGUCCGGCGAGCACCUCAUCCAGCCCUACAAGGGCUACGUCGCGGGCUGCACGCCCCAGGAGCAGUGGGCGAACAUCCCCCUCAUCGGCAAGCUCCAGAUCCUCGUCCUCGUCGGCAUGCUCGAGUCGUACGGCGAGGGCGCGGGCAGCCCCGCGGGCUACGUGCACUACACGCAGGGCGGCAAGCCCGGCUUCUUCCCGUCCAUCAAGGGCAAGGGCGGCUUCGCCGGCGGCUCGUGCCUCUUCGACCUCUACGACCCCUUUGGCAUCCUGCCCGAGCAGACGGAGGCGGAGAAGAAGAAGGGCCUCUUCGCGGAGAUCAACAACGGCCGCCUCGCCAUGAUCGGCCUCUUCUCCGUCCUCGCCGAGUCCGCCGUGCCGGGCUCCAACCCCCAGUACGCCAUCUUCGACAUCAAGAUCCCCGAGUCGUCCGUCGACAUCAUGGGUUCGGUCUUCCCCCAGCUCACGAACGAGUUCGCCGUCAAGGCGUGGCCCGUCCUCGCGAUCUGCGGCUUCCUCCAGCAGUACAACAAGCGCAAGACCGUCUAG